AUGGAAGAUAUUUUUCAGUGGUGUCGAGAAGGCGUCGCCAUGCAAGUUCGGGUUUGGCUCGAUGAUACUGAACAUGACAUGAACCAGGGGUAAGAAUAUUGUUGUAUUUCUAUUAUUAUUAUCAUUCAAUUGACAUUUAAUGUUUAUUUAAUAUCUAGAGACGAUCAUGGUUUCAGUCCAUUACAUUGGGCAGCCAAAGAGGGCCAUUUGAAAAUUGUUGAAAUGCUCGUUCAAAGAGGCGCUCGUAUAAAUUCUACUAAUCGAGGUGAUGACACACCUCUGCAUUUAGCUGCCGCGCAUGGGCAUCAUGAUAUUGUACACUUGGUGAGUUUUUUAGGAUUAUGUUGUUUCCGAUUAUUAAUUCAAACACAAUAUAUUGUGUUUUAGUUGUUGAAAAAUCGUGCAGAUAUUAAUUUUACAAAUGAACAUGGAAAUACUCCAUUGCACUAUGCUUGUUUCUGGGGUUAUGAAGCAAUUGCCGAAGAACUUAUUGAAAACGGGGCAUUAGCAGCUUUGGCAAAUAAAGAUGGAGAUACUCCAUUAGACAAGGGGAAAGGAUUAAUUGUGAAACAUUUAAAAGGUAUUUUUAAACAUACAUUUAUAUCUGGUAAUCUUUAAAACAAAUUUUGCAUGUAUUAAAUUAUAGAUUUGGCUUUACAAUCUGGACAAGAUCUUACCAAAAUCAACUUUAAGGAUCAAAGUUGGUUAGGUUUGAAAACUAGAAGCAGUGAGUUUUUCAAAUAUUUAUAUAAACUAAUUUGUAUACAAUUUUGAACUUAUAGUAUUUAUUACUUACUAUUACAUAAUUUUAAAUUAAAAAUCAUUCACAAUACAAACAUACAAGGAUUCUGUAACUAAAGUUUAAGCUGUUUAAAGUUUAAGCUAUUUAUUAAUACAACAACAUUAAAUUUUAGUGUAUAGCAGUAACUAUUAAUACUUAAGAAUUAUGUACAAUGAUAAUUUUAAAUUUUAGAAAUGCACAAUCGCAACCUAUUCAAUAGUCUAAGCCUAAAUAAAACAAGUAUUAUAUUUUAUUACAAAUAUAUUCAAAUUAUUAGAAUAUAAAAAUAGUUUUUGACAAUCUUAUUAAUCUGCCAAUACAUCAUAGUUCAUCAGUUUAUAAGUUAUAAAUAUGAAAUAUUGAAGUCCACAAAUAUCUGUAUUAUAUUAUAAGUUAUAAGUAGAAUCUGGAUUUUCAAGUUUUUACAUAUCAUUUUUGAGUUUUUUGAGUUUUUUUAGUUUUAUAAAUUUUUUGAGAAAACUACGAGUACAAUAAUUUUUAACAUAAUUGCAACAAAAAACCUAAAUGGCGAUACUUUGCCGUAUUUUCUAAGUUGUUUCCCGGUUUUUUGUAAUUAUUAGGAAAACUAUAUAAAAAAUCAAACAACCACUUUCUUACUCACAAACAAGACAUUAAUUUUCUUUCAGAAAAUAUGCUAUUCUUGAAAUUUCGACUAAGAUUUCUGGUAGAAAAAUAUAAUUUUAAGAAUGUUAAAUAAUGAAAUCAUUGUGCUAUAAUUUGAAAAAAAUUUAUAUUACAUAUUUUUUGUCUUUUUUAGUUUUUCCCAAUUAUUAUGAAAGCUUUUUUAGAUAUCAAAAAAAUACUUUCACUAUUAGUGGUUAGAUAUUAAAUGGAAUGAAAAAAUUGUCCAUGCUUUUCCAAAAAAUAAUGAAAUUUAAUAGGUUUCUUCAUAGAUUCAUUCCUGAUAAAUUCUUAAAACGUAAACAAAAUCAAUGGAAAAAGUUCCUUUAAAUUCUUUCCUUCCAAGCCCUGUAAACAAGUUAUAGUAUUUUAAUUUUAUAAUUUAUUAAUAAUACAUUGUUAUAUUUUUUGUCUUAUUUAUUGUUUUACAAAUAUUUUAGGAGAUGCUACAUUAUCACGGCACAAAGGUAUUAACUUGAGUGACCUUUAUUUGCAUACGAAAAUGGCCACUUCCCCUAGUGGAGAAACAUGGCGCGGCCAUUGGCAAAAAAAUGACAUUGUCGCCAAAGUGUUGGCUGUUCGUCAGUGUAGUCCUCGAAUUUCAAGGGAUUUUAAUGAAGAAUUCCCAAAACUUAGGUACUUUAUAAUUUUUGAAUAUUUGAAUAGGAAUUUUAAUAAAUAUGGUUUUUUUUUUUUUAUUAAAUUGAAUAAUAAUAUACCGUUUGUUUUGUUGUUUGUAGAAUAUUCUCACAUCCUAAUGUGUUACCAGUCAUAGGCUGUUGUAACUCGCCUCCCAAUUUGGUGGUUAUUAGUCAGUAUAUGCCUUGGGGAUCACUCUUUACUUUACUACAUGAAGGGGCUAGAGUUACAGUGGAUACUGCUUUAGCGCUUAGACUGGCUGUAGAUGUUGCUAGAGCUAUGGCGUUUUUGCAUAGUCUGGAAAGGAUUAUACCACAGUUUCAUUUGAAUAGUCAUCAUAUCAUGGUAUAGUAAUUUAAUAAUGGUGUUAUAUUAUAGGCUUGUCCUUGAAGGAAGAGGCAGUUUAUGCCUGCACCUCUUGUAAAAUGUGGUGAUAUUUUAAAUCUAUUUGGUUUUAGCUUACCCUAGUUUUAAUGUACUCAGUAGAAUUUCAAAUUUAACUUUCUAUACUAGAACAAAUUUAGGUUGCACCUACAUGAAAAAAAUUUUGACAUACCUAUGUGUUACAUUGUUUCUAUAUAUUUCAUAGACUAGUAUAAUAAUUGACUUUAUUUAUAGAUUGACGAAGACUUAACAGCCAGGAUAAACAUGGCAGAUGCUAAAUUUUCAUUCCAAGAAAAAGGAAGGAUAUAUUAUCCAGGAUGGAUGUCACCGGAAGGUAAAUAUUUUGAUAUAAAUUAAAAUAUUAUGUUUAUUAAUGUGUAUACAAAUUUGGUUGCAUAAUAUUUUAAUUUGUAAAAUUUUUCUUACAACCUAUAUUAAUUUAAAUUAAUUCAUCAUUUAUAACUGAUUAUUUUUAGCUUUACAAAAAAAGAGAAGUGACACUAAUUCAGAAGCUUGUGACAUGUGGAGUUUUGCGGUACUUUUGUGGGAAUUAGCUACUAGGGAUGUUCCAUUUGCUAAUUUUUCACCAAUGGAAAUAGGAAUGAAGGUUUGUUGAUUUUUGUAAUUUAUUUAAAACAAUUAUUUACUACUGUAAUUUAAAUGAAAUUAAAAAAAUCUUUUUUUGUUUGCUUAAAUUGUAGGUAGUUUUAGAAGGGUUGAGAUUAACUAUUCCAUCAAAUAUUUCACCACAUCUCACCAAAUUGAUUAAAAUUUGUAUGAAUGAGGAUUCGGGCAAGAGGCCAACAUUUGAUAUGGUGCUACCAAUUUUGGAUAAAAUGAAAAGAUAA